CUUCAAUCGUAGCUCUGCGUCACUGUUUUCUACCACUCCUUGCUUCUCCAUCCAUCGCCUUGAACCUUCAAUUCAUCUUCUCGAAUACCUUCGGCCUCCACGAACGUCUUUCAAAGAAAGCAGCAAAUCCGCCCACCCAGCUACUGUAGCAAGAUCCACAAUGUCCCAGCCCCAGUCCCGCUACACCCAACAAAACCCCAACCCUCUAGUGGACAGGAGCGUCAAGGUUCCCGAGGUCAUCCAGUACAUCUGUGGUGACUGUGGUGCCCAGACAGCUAUGCAGCCGUCAGAGUUUAUCAGAUGUAAGGAGUGUGGACACCGAGUCAUGUACAAGCCCCGGACGACAAGAAGUAAGUCAAGACCGAGAGGAUCGCUAUAAGAGCGGCGCUGACUAAGAAUAAUCGUCCCUUCUUGUUCUCGCCAUUGCAGUUGUAAGUCUCACCUUAUCGUAUCUUCCCCGUUAGAAGAGAUCGUUGCUGACUGCUGCUAUAGGUCCAAUUCGAGGCUCGUUAAACAUCGGUCCGGGUUGCUUGUAAGAGAGGGAUGAUCGUAUUUUUUUGGUCUUUGGGCGCUUUGCCCGUGUAUGCAUAGAUUCACUGCAUCUAUCGCUACGUGCGGGUCAGCAACCAGUCGGCGACCUUUGGUGCCAUACAGCGCUCCGCAUCUUCAUUAUCUCCUAGCAGGUUCAGAAUGCAGUCGCCAGCUUACAUCUCUUUUCCACAGCUUGACAUGUGCCCCAAUGAUCAUCUCUUUCAUGUGAGUUUACGGUCAACCAAGACCAACCAUCGCUAUCGAACUUCAAGCUCCAGAAUGCAGGCAAACUUGUGAGACCUUGUGUCCAGCGACUCUUUCUAGACUCACGCUUGCGUUUGCGUCCUCCAAACACUACCGUCGGGAUCAACAAAAUCGAAAGCCGAAGUGCUGAGGUAAAUCCUGAUGGAGAGGGUCU